GGUCGGUAUCAACAACAAUAUGGAGGCCACGCUGAGGAAGACAAUGACAUCAGUCACAGAUCUGUUAUUUCCAGUUAGCAGAACUGGAAAAGAUCCCCAAAGACAAGAAAUUUUAAAUUCUGGUAAUGAUUAUGUGACGAAUCUACCCCUACAGAUGGCUCUCUAUUUUAAUGUAUUCUUCUCACCCAUAUGGUUUAUAACCAGUAUAGUUGUUCUUCAAUCUAAGUUUGAGUCAUUGGACAUUUUGUACAAAAUCAUCUUGGUGGCUACUUAUGCUGUCUACACCAUUAUUGAAAUUAUUCGCCUCUAUUUAGGAUAUGUUGGUAACCUCAUGGAAAGGGUACCAGAGCUAGCCGGCUUCUGGUUGCUAACGUUACUACUACAGCUUCCUUUAAUAUUCUUUCUAUUGUUAAAUGAAGAUUCUAUUAUACUGCCAUUAGAGCGAGCUGUUCACAUCAUAAAGGCCUUGUUUAUUGUGUUUGAAGUUAUUUGUGGUUAUUUUGCGAUAAGAAUCAUGGUUAAUUACCAAGUUACUAAAUUCCAUUUACAACAAUUCACUGAGUUAGAACAGAUAGAGGAUCCUUAUUGGUCAGAAAAGAAAAUCAACACUAAAAGAGAGUAAAAGGUUAUGUUAUUUCUAAACAGUUUAAGACAAUGAUUUUAAAAGAUCCAUACCUCGAUCUGUGAAAUCCAUUCUCUUUUGGGAGACAUUGAUAAAAUCUACAUGUGGAAAUUAUGAUUAUUUGCAUACUCUUAGAAUAGUGCUAUAAUUUACUAUCAAUAAUAGUAAUAUACAAGUUAUAGAAAGGAUUAUACCUUGUCAAAACCAUUUACUCACUCCUUCAAUGGAUCCAUUGGUUUGAAUAGGCUCCCCUAUAUACCUUUAGUUGAACAAAUUCACAGGAUAUAUAAAAGGACAAGACCGGAUUUACCAAUGGGCAAAGUAGGCCCACAGUUAUCGGAAACUAGUUUGUCAUGUAGCGCUAUUUCAUUAUAUAAUAUAUAUAAAAAACCAUAAGGGCCCUUAUACAAUAAGUAGCAUAUACCGGUACAUGUAGGGCCUGGAGUACAAUAAGUAUCAGGCCCACAGUGGUGUUCAACUGAUGGGCCAUGAUGAGUUUGACCUAGGUCCUACAAGUAAGUAAAUACAGCCCUGUAAAGGGAUAAAUGUAUAUAAAGCUUCCCUUUGUGAUACAUUUUUCAUAAUCCAUGCAUCGUCAAAGCAAACAUGUAAAUGUAUAAUAUUUAUUUGUAUUCCGUCCAGUUCUAUUUAUUGUUAUUUUAAAAUGUAUAUUAUGGAUGAAUAGAUUACAGAAAUGAUUUUGUAUUUAUAAAUUCUUUUAGUUAGAAUGUUAGUGUAUAUAUAUUUGUACUCUAUUAAUAUAUAUUUUAAGUUAUAAAAUUUGUAUAUUUAUUAC